CGGCACGGCAGGUGCCCAGGGCGCUCCGGGCCGCCCGAGCCCACGGCGCAGGAAGCGGGGAGCGCGGGACACACGGCCGCGCCUGGACCGACCUCCGCCGCACGAGCACCGCCCGGCCGCCCCUCCGCGCGCACAGAUUUAGAAACUAAGACCGAGAGGUGUCAUCCCUUGAUCAUUGAAGACCCCAGUUCUCCUAGCCCCCGGCAGGGCGGCUUCUGACAAGUGUGGGAGGACUCCAAUCACAGAGGCCCCCCUCUGCCACCCAGCAUGUCCCACCGACACUCAGACAGCUCUUUGGAUGAGAAGCUACUGGAAUACCGUUUCCAUGCCGAGCUACAACUUGAUGCCAACGGAAACCCUGUGCCUGGGCUCCCCAUGGUCCGGAGCUCCUUGAGAGCCAGGACUAAUGCUGCCUUUGAGCCCGAGGCAUCAGCACCCCUACAGCAGCCCCCGGAAGAUGAGGAGAGGCGGCCCGUCAUCCUGAGCACACAGAGCCCUGUAGCCCUCAAGAUGGGUACUCAGCAGCUCAUUCCCAAGAGCUUAGCUGUUGCCAGCAAGGCCAAGACCAAGACCCCAGCCCGCCACCAGAGCUUUGGGGGUGUGCUCAGCAAGGAGGCUGCACGCCGGGACCCCCGACUCCUCAAAGCUCCCAGUUUCUCCCUGGAUGACCUGGACAUGGACACAGGCACUGGUGGGAACCUGAGGAGAAAAUUGAGGAACCAGUCCUACAGGGCAGCCAUGAAGGGCCCGGAGACACCCGGAGGCAAGGGGGACUCAGUCCUGCUAGGCCCCAAGCUCCAGGCUCUGUCUGAGGAGGCCCACCAGCCUCCCCGGUGCCCACCAAAAAAUAAGAAGACUCUAGGGUGGAAACGCGCACACAAGGGCUCCUUUAAAGAUGACCCUCAGUUGUACCAGGAGAUCCGGGAGAGGGGUCUGAAUACCAGUCACGAUUCUGAUGAUGACAUACUCGAUGAGUCCUCCAGCCCGGAGGGAACCCAGAGAGCAGACACCAUCGUGGUCAAGAGCUACCGACCUGCCCAGCUCACCUGGAGCCAACUCCCAGAGGUGCUGGAGUCAGGAGUCCUGGACACGCUGUCCGUGGAGGAACGCAAGAGGCAAGAGGCCAUCUUCGAGAUCCUUACAUCCGAGUUCUCCUACCUGCACAGCCUGAGGAUCCUGGUGGGUGAGUUCCUGCAGUCCAAGGAGCUACAGGCCACUAUGACACAGACAGAGCACCACCACCUGUUCUCCAACAUCCUGGAUGUGCUAGCCACCAGUCAGAAGUUCUUUGAGGCCCUGGAGCAGCGGCACAAGGCACAGGUGUGUGUGGAGGACAUCAGUGACAUCUUGGAGGAGCACGCAGAGCAGCACUUCGUCCCCUACAUCUCCUACUGCUCCAACGAGGUCUACCAGCAGCGCACCCUGCAGAAGCUGAUGGACAGCAACACAGCCUUCCGAGAGGUUCUGCGGGAGAUCGAGAAGCAGCCUGCGUGUGGGGGCCUGCCCAUGAUCUCCUUCCUCAUCCUCCCCAUGCAGAGGGUGACCCGGCUGCCACUCCUGACCGAUACACUCUGCCUCAAGACUCAAGGCCACUCUGAAAGGUACAAAGCUGCCAACCGUGCCCUGAAGGCCAUCAGCAAGCUGGUGAAGCAGUGCAACGAGGGGGCCCACAGGAUGGAGCGCACAGAGCAGAUGAUCAUGCUGCACAAACAGCUGGACUUCGGCAAGGUCAAGUCCCUCCCACUCAUCUCUUCCUCGCGCUGGCUGCUGAAGCAGGGAGAGCUCUUCCUGUUGGAGGAAUCCAGUAUUUUUAGGAAAAUUGCCAGCCGACCAACUUGCUACUUGUUCCUAUUCAAUGAUUUCCUGAUUGUCACCAAGAAGAAAAGCGAGGACAGCUACCUGGUUCAGGACUACGCACAGCUAGACCACGUGCAGGUCAGGAAGCUGGAGCCCUCGGAGCCCUCACUCCCCGCAGGCAGCGGCCGCAGCUCCUCUGUGCCCCACCCCUUCCAGGUGACCCUGCUGUACAACAGUGAGGGUCGCCAGGAGCAGAUCCUGCUGUCCUCCGACUCUGCGAGUGAUCGCGCCCGGUGGAUCACAGCGCUCACCUACAAGGAAAGGCAGUGGCUGGGCUGUACCAACAAAGGAGAACUGCCCCAAGUGGAGAUCACCAAGGCAUACUUUGCCAAGCAAGCCGACGAGAUCACGCUGCAACAGGCCGACGUUGUCCUGGUCCUGCAGGAGGAGGACGGCUGGCUGCAUGGUGAAAGGCUUCGAGAUGGAGAGAUUGGCUGGUUCCCCGAGAGCUUCGCCAGCUGCAUCACCAGCAGUGUGGCCGUGGAGGGUAACGUGCGCAGGAUGGAGCGGCUGCGGGUGGAGACAGACGUGUAGCUGGCCAGCUCGAGAUCCAACUUAUGGUGGACAUAGCUUUGGCUCCCAGCCAGCAAGUGGUCCUGCCUGACUCCAAGGAGCAAGAGGAAUUUAUCCAGGGGUGCUGCUCAGUUCCCUGGGACUUCCCAAAGCCUCAUGCCUACGUGCAGGAUGCUGGACAUACCCUUGAAGAUUACACUUGCUUUCCAGGGGAUUUUAGAGGCAAGUCCGGGGGUCCACAUUCUGGAAGGAGCCCAGCCUGGCCUCUCGCCAUCCAAUCCCUGCCCCAUGUCUUGGCCCCUUGAGGGGCAGCCAAGCUGCACCCAGGCUAACAGUGAUAAAGGACUUCUGCCUUGAGGGCAGAUAGUGCAGCGUUGCCCUCCCUGCUGCACCCCCUCCUUCCCAGUGGUACAGGUUCUGAAUGCCUAGACUGCUCCGUGUUCCAAGAGGACAGCACUGGCGGGAGACUCCCUGGGGUGUCAGCAGGAUAUGCAACUAAGAUUUUAAACGACAUUAAAGCAUUUCUUUAAAA